CUAUGCCAAGCUCAGCAAGUGCCGCUUUGCCCAGCACAAAGUGGACUUCUGAGGACAUUACGUGUCUGACCAGGGUCUCCACAUGGACGACGCGAAGAUCACUGCUAUUGCGGAGUGGCCUGCUCCCACAUCCGCCAAGCAGCUUCGCAGCUUCCUAGGCCUGACCAGCUACUAUAGCAACUUCAUCCGGGGAUACGCUAGGUAUUCCUACGUCCUUACCUCCACCCUCCUCCGGAAGAACCCACCCUGGGCUUGGACACCCCUCCACGAGGACGCCUUCCGCGCCCUCAAGAAGGCGGUGAUAUGUGCACCGGUUCUUCACCUACCCGAUUUUGAUCGCCCUUUUAUCCUUACCACCGAUGCGUCAGACUUUGCUGUAGGAGCAGUGCUUUCUCAGGUCUUCCCCUCCUCUCCUGAUUCAUCUCAUCCUCGUAUCCCUCGCUUCCCACCACCUACCCCUACCACUGCUUCCCGACUGACGCCUACUCGUCCAGCUACUGUCGAGCCUUCUAUUGACUAUCCUCCUACCAUCGCCGAGGACAGCACUGUCGAGACUCGCUCAGGUGAUUGUCCGAUAACCUUCUACUCCCGUCAGCUCCUGCCCGCCGCGAUAAACUACACUGCUGAUGAACGUGAGGUUCUCGCAGUAGUUUAUGCCGCUCGGCACUGGUGUCACUACCUGCACGGGGCACCAUUCACGGUGCGCACGAACAACUAUGUUGUCCAGGCUUUUCUGACAAAGCUGAAGCUCACUCCUCGACAAGCUCGCUGGUGGCGCGACCUAUCCGAGUUUAGUUUCACCACUGAGCACAUCAAGGGUGGGACUAAUCGGGUCGCAGAUGCCCUCUCCCGGUGCCCUGACCACGACCAAGAGCACAUCCAACUCUCUUCUAUCUCGGUCACCACUGUCCACCACUCGGUGACCGACGAGUUUCGCACUCAGUACCGCCACUCCCCCGACUAUCGCGACAUCCACGCAGCCCUUCGGAGUGGUAAGACCGUCCCGAACUACUCUCUCGGGGACAACGGUCUUGUGUACUGGCACGGUUCACAGGGCACAAGAGAGCCCCGUAUUUGCGUUCCCUCCACUGGACAGCUACGUGUCCGAGCAGUAGCAGAGUUCUAUGACCAGGCAACUGCCGGUCAUAUGGGCUUCCACAAGACGUUGGCUCAUGUGAGCCGCCUAUACGUCUGGCCGAAGCGCAAUGACUUUGUGAAGGACUACGUCGCAGAGUGUCCCACGUGUCAGGAGGUGAACAGUGCGAACCACCUGCCUUAUGGUUUGCUCCAGCCUCUUCCUAUCCCURAGGGUCGUUGGCAGUCCAUCUCGAUGGACUUUAUCGGUCCUCUUCGUCCUCCGACCCCUCGCGGUCAUGAUGCUAUCCUGGUCGUCGUCGACCGCUUCACAAAGCGUGCACGCUUUGUUCCGUGCCGCUAUGCUAUCAGUGCACAUGAGGUCGUCGACAUCGUGUUUGACCGAGUCGUGCGUGACCACGGCUUACCUCUGAGCAUCAUAUCUGACCGUGACCCGCGCUUUACCAGCCAAUUCUGGCGACGGCUCCACGAGGUGUACGACACUCAGCUCCGCUUCUCCUCGUCUUACCAUCCUCAGACUGAUGGUCAGACCGAGAUCACAAACAGGACUAUCGGAGAUAUUCUCAUAAAGAUUGUUCGUGACGACCAGCAGUGGGAUCUCCAUCUUGCCCACGCGGAGAUAGCCUACAACCACGCUGUCUCGCCAGCCACGGGGAUGUCGCCUUACUAUUGCGACCUCGGCUAUCACCCUCGUGUUCCCGCGGACUUCCUUCGACCAUCCCAGCUGCACCCCGACACGAGUUGUCCCGCGCUGGACGAUUGGGUGACACACAUGAUGUCGAUCAUGAAGACCGCACAUGAGCACAUAGCCGCGUCCCAGACUCGCAUGGCAGCACGUGCGAACCGAUUGAGGAUGGAUCAUUCAUUCAAAAUCGGUGAUGAUGUGCUUAUCGACGCCCGCCACUUACAGCUCGAAGCGGACACGCUUCGCGAGUUUCGGCGUCGCUUCUUUGGCCCAUGCCGCAUCCUCCAGGCCGUCGGUUCUGAUACGACAUCUAGCCCGGUCAGCUUUCGUGUGAAGCUGUCUGACUACCUAUGUCAGACUCAUGUGCAUGAUGUCUACCACGUCUCGUUACUGCGUCCUUACCGCAGACCGUCUGAGCGUUUCGCUGGACGACCAUACGAGCGCCCUCCACCCCUCAUGGUGGACAGCCACGAGGAGUUCCUCGUUUCAUACAUCAUUGGUCGCCGAGUCACCGACGACAACCCUCCCCACGUCGAGUAUCUCGUACGUUGGAAGGGUUACCCUGAUGAGGAGGCUACCUGGGAGCCCCUCGAGCACUUGCAGCACGCUCGCAUGUUGGUGCGUGCCUAUGACCSUGCUYGUCGUGCUGGGUUCACUGCUCCUCCUCAGCCCACUGACCCUCCUCCUCCUCCGGCUGAGGAGACCGCUGAAGUCGAGCCUGCUCCAUCUGAGGCAGACCUUCAGCAGCAGCCGAAUGCUUCUGAGCAUCCACAGCGCACUCGUCGUCGUCCUGCUCGAUACGACGAUUGACUCUGACUUACCUUCCCACGUCUUUGACUUCUCAGUACUCCAUCC